AUGAUGUUACCGCGAACUCAUCCACGUUGUUAUACUCAUGAAAAUCCGCUAUUUGAAUCUCUGGAUGACAUUCCCUCAAGUAUUCGUGCCAUCUCGCCUGUGAUCUCGCCACCACGCCUAAGAGGCGGGUUUUGUUUGGAUCCAGGAACCAAAAUCCAGGAAUAUGUUGAACGUGAAAACCAUCUGCACGCGGUCUCCAUAAAACAUGUUAUGUUAACUCAUCUCACAUUCGUUUUCAGGUUAUCUGCCCAAGAAAACACGGUAUUCGGUGCAACGUUGCGUCGUUUCAUUGAAUGUACAAUCGAGGGUGAAGAAAGUGAUCCUCAGGUUGUCAUUCGUAACGUACGUCAAUUCUUGAACGGUAUUAAGAACUAUUUGGUGAAGCACGGUGAGGGUGAACUGCACGAGUUGAUCGAAAAUGAGCGAACACGACUGAACGCAAAUGAGUUCUUGAAUAUCGAUGCGAUUCUCGAAGUCGUCCUGCACAAAAUUGUUCUUUUCAUAUUUGGAAAUGGGGAAAUGCUUGUUUUCGCAUCAUCGCACUGGUACCCCUUAUAUCCUAUCAGUGAAGUAAUUGCAGGUCCUGUUAAGCCACACUUAUAUCAUCUAAUGGUGCGUGAGCAUUCCAAGAAUGGCUCACUGCAGUUGCUAUCAGAGAAUCUGGCCUACGUGAGGACGCUGUCACCUGAACAAAUCGGUUUCGGAGUCAACUACAAGUUCAUCACUCCAUCAGCGCAGAAGAUGGAUUCCAUCAAAAUUUGUAUGCGUAAAAUGCAACAUCAUUAUUCUCCUCUCAAAAAACUCGACAAUUUGCUACGUGUCAUUUAUUUGGCUAUUGGUCCGUAUCCGUCAUCGGUCAAUUCCAAUUGCUCAACUCCGGAUGUGAAACAUGCAGAUAAUAUGUCGACUAUUAGCGAUGUGUCAAAAGUUAAGAAUUUACCACCAGCCGAUGAGUUAGUCAGAUGGCUAGUGUAUUUAUUAGCACGAACAUCAACUAUUGGAUGUGAAGUGGAGGCAUGGUACAUGUGGGAGCUACUACCGAAACAACUGUUGACAAGCGGUGAUUCCAGUUAUUAUCUGAUUGCCCUAUUUUCGGCGAUUGAUUUGCUGAAAAGUGUUGAUAGCAUACGCAAGUUGGCCAGUGUUGAGAACUGC